AUGGCUGAUAAUAAGGUGGUUCUUUUGGGUUUAUGGUCUAGCAUGUUUGGGAUGAGGGUGAGAAUAGCACUGGCUGAGAAAGGCAUUGAAUAUGAACACAAGGAAGAGGACUUGUGGAACAAGAGCUCACUGCUUCUUGAGAUGAACCCGAUCCAUAAGAAAAUCCCGGUUUUGAUUCACAACGGAAGACCGGUUUGUGAGUCCCUCAUCGCUGUCGAGUACAUCGAUGAGGUCUGGAAUGAGAAAGCUUCGUUGUUGCCCGCUGAUCCUUACCAAAAAGCUCAAGCUAGGUUCUGGGCUGACUAUGUUGACAAGAAGUCUAGAGAUGGUGGUGGGAGGAGGUUUUCGAUAACGAUGGCUGAAGAUGGUGGGUGGCUCGUGGUGAGUGAUGGGGCGAGGGAGUGA